GUUGCUGCUGUCGCCGCCGUUGCUCUUUUAUUUGAAAUUAUCGAAGACGAGCAAAUCAAGAAAACGGGAAAUCCAGCGAUUUACGCGUGUUUUCUUAGUCAUUAUUUUCGAUUGUGAGAAACAUUAUAUUACGUACCAGAAUUAAUCAGUGCCAUACGCAAAUAGUUAACUCCAUUAAUUGCGAGCGUUCGCUUAAUUAACUUCGACAUCUCGUGGCCAUUAAUCAACACUUAGCACAUGCAAUUCAAAUUAAUUUCCAGCUUCCACUUGCCCUGAGCCUGGUCUUUCGCCUAGGACACGCCUGACUGCCGCCUGCCAGCUUCUCAGGAUGCCAGGUUGUGUGUGGAGUGGCACUGGCCUAAGUCGAAAUUGAUGAGCCCCCGUAAGGGGCAUUAUGAAAACAUUAUUCGAUUGAAAAUACACAAACAGCGGCCUAAAGCCCGCGGAGAAAUUCGAAAUUAAUAGUGCGCACACACCUGGGAAACCCAAAGAACCGAACAACACACAAAAGCACACACUACACACACACACACACACAUGGCAGUGAAAAUGCUGCCCAGUAACAGUUCCGGUAUCCUGGCAACCGAUCUGCAACUGUUUCACAAUGAGAAAUUCCUUCUGAAUCUGACCCAAGUGCUAAACAUCUCGGCGGACAACCUGACCAGCCUGCUUCAGGGCUUGGAGCCGGAGGAGCUGCUGCCCACGGUGACCCCGAUGACCCCGCUCUCCCUGCUGGCGACCCUCACCGUGGGCUACUCCCUCAUCUUCAUCGCCGGCGUUCUGGGCAACCUCAUCACCUGCAUCGUCAUCUCGCGGAACAAUUUCAUGCACACGGCCACCAACUUUUACCUGUUUAAUCUGGCCAUAUCCGACAUGAUCCUGCUGUGCUCAGGCAUGCCCCAAGACCUGUACAACCUUUGGCACCCGGACAAUUAUCCCUUCAGCGACAGCAUCUGCAUAUUGGAGAGUGUCCUUUCGGAAACUGCUGCCAAUGCAACCGUUCUGACAAUUACCGCUUUCACCGUGGAGAGAUAUAUUGCCAUCUGCCAUCCUUUCAGGCAGCACACGAUGUCCAAGUUGUCACGGGCCGUGAAGUUCAUAUUUGCCAUCUGGAUUGCGGCCCUUUUGCUGGCCCUUCCCCAAGCCAUUCAGUUCUCAGUGGUGUUGCAGGGCAUGGGGACAUCGUGCACGAUGAAAAACGACUUUUUCGCCCAUGUGUUCGCCGUGUCUGGCUUCCUGUUCUUCGGCGGACCCAUGACUGCCAUCUGCGUGCUCUACGUCCUCAUCGGGGUGAAGUUGAAGAGGAGUCGGCUCCUCCAGGCGCUUCCCAGGCGAUGUUACGACGUGAACCGGGGCAUCAGUGCCCAGACCAGAGUCAUCCGGAUGCUGGUCGCCGUGGCAGUGGCCUUCUUCAUCUGCUGGGCUCCAUUCCACGCUCAGCGUCUCAUGGCGGUCUACGGCUCCUCGUCGGGCAUCGAGUCCAAGUGGUUUAACGACGUGUUCAGCAUCCUUGACUACACGUCCGGAGUGCUCUACUUCCUCUCCACGUGCAUCAACCCGCUGCUCUACAACAUCAUGAGCCACAAGUUCCGUGAGGCAUUCAAGGUUACCUUGGCUAGACACUUUGGACUGGGUGGCAAAAAUCCAGGAAGGGGAUUGCCUCAUACAUACAGCGCUUUAAGACGAAAUCAGACGGGCUCUUUGCGAUUGCAUACAACGGAUAGCGUGCGAACCACGAUGACCUCCAUGGCCACCACGACGACAGGACUCAAUGGCAGUGCGAACGGCAGUGGAACGGCCAACGGACAGUCGGUGCGAUUGAACCGCGUGUCCUUGGAAAGCGCCCAGUUGCAGGGUCACAAUCGCAGUCGGCAGGACCUCUUCGACAACCCGCGCCGCACGCUGCAGACGCAGAUAUCUCAGCUGUCAUCGGUGGGGGAUGCCCACUCGCUGCUCGAGGAGGAGCUGCCAUAUCCUGCAGAGCCGCUGCAGCGACAGCCCACCAUGUGCUCCAUUGACGAGCUCACCGAUGACUUGGCCAUCUCGCGGUCCCGCCUCAAGCUCACGCGAAUCACCCGCCCACCGGGGCAGGGAUCAGGGGCGGGGGCAGGGGGCGUGUCAGGAGGCGUUUGUGGCGAAGAUUCGAGUGGCAAAGUGCGCAAGGCGAAAGUGAAAACGCUGAAGAGCUCAAGCGCCCUCAAGGGUAUCAGGGCCAAAUUCAAUUGGCGUGCCAGACGCAAAGGCAGUCACAAACCGCAGGCGAAGGGGGCGGCGGGGGGUGGCGACGACUCCGGCGAGCGGACCGCCUUUUAAAAAGGUGGUUACGAGGGGAGGGGAGGGGGGAAUAGAUAAACCCCGGAGUCCAUUCCAGUGCCAACUAUAGACACACACACAACUGUGAUACGAGCAGCAAGCGCCUCUCCAGCUUGUUUGUGUUUUACUCUAGACAAAUAUUCCACUUUUGGGGUCAAUUAGUUGUCCUCGUUGAAAUAUAUACUCGUAUAGCCCGAUGCUAUAGUUCGAAUUCUAGUUAUACUCCUACGUGUAAUCAAAUAGCGUUCAACCGCAAUAAACUACG